AUGAGCCAGCUCCGGACCACAAAGGCUGGGCUGGUGGCAUGUGGCAUGAUUUGCGCCUUCAUCUUUCUUUACUUGAGAAACCCAGGUCCUGAGGAGGCUGAGGCUGAGGCUGAGCCCACCAACCCAGCUGUGGUGGAAUGUGGCUUCUAUCCAGAUGAACUGUGCUUGGCUUUAUUUGAGGGGAAAAAGGCAGCCCCCCAAAUCGCUCAAUUCUGCAAACCCCCUCAGAACUCUGAAGUACCUGCUCAUUUGCGCACACCUGGGAACUGCUCCAGGAUGGCCCAGGGGCUGCGCUUCAUAACCAGACCCCUGUCUGCACAAGAGGGGAACUUCUCAUUGGCCUAUGUUAUACAUGCUCCUAGGGAGCUAGUCAUGUUUGUGCGGCUUCUCAGAGCGAUUUAUGCACCUCAGAAUGUCUACUGUAUCCACAUUGAUGAAAAUGCCCCAAAGAAGUUUAAGAGUGCCAUGCAAACCUUCCUCGACUGUUUUGGAAAUGUCUUUCUUUCAUCAAAGACACAGAAGGUGGCUCAUGACAACCUCAGGAGGCUGCAGGCAGAGAUUGACUGCAUGAAGGACCUGGUCCACUUCCCAUUUCAAUGGCACUAUGUCAUGAAUCUCUGUGGACAGGAAUUCCCCAUCAAAACCAACAAAGAAAUCAUCUACUACAUCAGAACCAGGUGGAAGGGUAAAAACAUCACGCCUGGGGUGACCCCACCCGCAAACUCCAAAUCCAAGACAGGCCAAGGCCCUCCAAAGCCCAGCCCCGAUGAAAACAGCUACACAUCUCCAAAUACAAUUUUCAAACAAAGCCCACCCCACAAUCUAACAAUUUCCUCUGGAAGUGCGCACUAUGCACUUACGAGGAAGUUUGUAGAGUUCGUCCUAACUGACCCCCGUGCAAAAGACAUGCUGCAGUGGUCCAAAGCCAUCCAAAGCCCGGAGAAGCACUACUGGGUGACCCUGAACCGACUGAAAGAUGCUCCAGGUGCCACACCAGAUGCUGGAUGGGAAGGACACAUUCGGGCCACGAAGUGGAGAACAGAGGCAGGAGAUGGUCGCAAGGGGUGCUCAGACCACGAUGCCCAAGACACUUGUGUGUAUGGCCUGGGAGACCUGCCUUGGCUCAUCCAGCUGCCAGCUUUCUUUGCCACGCUGGAGCCCUCCUCAGACCCACUGGUGGGGGUAUGCCUAGAGAGGCGGCACCGACUCAGAGCCCUACAGCAGGCUGAGGUCCCUCCAGAGCCACACUGGCAGUUUCCCCAGCAAAGCCACUUCAACAGUCAACCUCACCACUAA